AUGGCGUCCUUUCGCACGUUUCACAGACUCUACAUCCUGUUUAGCGAUCUCAUGGGUGACGAUGAAGAAAACUAUGCUCUAUUUCUAAGUAAAUUAAGACAGUGGGGCGUGGUCGCCAGCAUACCUCGUUCUGUGCCAAAAGCAGUCGACUACACUGACAUCUUUGCUGAAUUAUCCGUGAAUGAUGAUUACUUUUCUGAGCAUUUUCGUGUGAGUCGACACACAUUUGACAUUUUACUGGAAUAUAUUGAACCGUCCAUUUCAAGACACAACAGAGGAGGAAAUCACCCUGUGCCACCAGAAAAGCAGCUGUAUAUUUUCUUAUGGUAUCUCAGUAAUCUUUGUUCCAUGAGAGAAGUGUCACAACUGUUCGAUGUCUCAAUGUCUACUGUACAUAAAGUUGUAACCAAUACUUCCAAAGUGAUUGCAUCAUUGCAGAAUCGUAUGAUUAGAUGGCCAGAUGAGCAGAGAAGAGCUGAAAUAGCAGCAACAGUGCAGCAGAACUCAGGUUUUCCAGGAGUCGUAGGCUUUCUCGAUGGAACACACAUCAGACUGUCAUCUCCCAUAGGACAGGACAGAGAUUACUAUAAUCGUAAGGGUUAUCCCUCUAUGCAGCUGCAAUUAGCUGUGGAUCAUGAACUGCAAAUAAUCAGUGCAUAUACAGGUUGGCCAGGAUGCUGCCAUGAUGCCAGGGUUCUGCGCAAUUCCAUGAUCUAUCAAAAGGCUGAAAGAGGACAGCUUUUCAGUAAUGCUCAACAUCUUUUUGCUGACAAUGCCUACCCUCUUAGAAACUGGCUUAUCACACCUUUCAGAUGUGUAGGAAACAUCACACGUCAACAACGAAGAUUCAACAAGAGAUUCUCAGGUCAGCGACAAACAGUCGAAAGGGCUAUAGGUCAUCUAAAGGGCAGAUUUAGAAGACUUCGAGAAAUCCCAUUUCACAACGCAGAUGACGUCUGUCAUAUGAUAAUUGCAGCAUGCGUUUGUCAUAACAUCUGUGUCCUUGCAGAUGAUGAUGUUGAACACUUCAUGGACAAUGAUGGAUUACUGCAUCCAAACAACUAUCAAAAAACAUUUACCAGAAUGGUUACCAUGGUGUAGCUAGACGAUUGCAGUUAAUGAGAUAUGUGUGAUACUGAUGAGGCUACUUUGGAGUUAAUAUGGAUUGCAUGUGAAUAAAACAUGCAAGCUUCUGUGAUAUAAAUGUACCAAAAGAAAUCUCAGCUACUUACACUUUCAAAAGCAGUAAUUGAGUUAUUGUGGUCUGAAAUAUGUACAUUUUUUUUCAUCUCUG